AGAGAGAGGUGAUGAGAGAGUAGACGGAAGAGACAAGAUGAGAGUGUGUGAGAGUUUUUUUUUUUUUUUAAUUACAUAUAAGGGUAAAAGUGUCAAUUCAACUAAAAUUUAUGAGCUUUACGUAGACAUUUGCGGACGAUGUUUAUAAAUCGACUAAAAUCUCAACAAUCUCAUGUUUUAUUUCCCUUGGGAGUACACUACUGAUUACGGAGUAUCUCGUGCAUUAGUAAGGUAACUUUUAAUUUCCGACUAGAGUCUUUAAACAAGGUGGAUAAAGUACUCCACUUUGCAUCUACGAAGACAAAGCGUUGAAGUGUUCCAGAGUUUGUACGGUUGUUACCAUCUCUAAUUAUCUACAAAACCUUCUUAUUUAUUUCAAUUAAACCUCUUUGCAUUGAUCUUCAUCAAAAACCCAUUCCAAAGUGAAUAAACAAACUAAGGUUUAAUUACUAAUUUAGAAAUCCAAUUAGGGUUUGUUAAAUUCCCUCUUUCGUAUCUUCUAGAUACCAAUGCAACAAAGCUGAAGUAAUUUGUUGCCUUCAAUCCAUUGAUAAUAAAGCCAUGUCUCGCAAAGCUAACCAUGGGUAUGAUUACGACGACGACGACAUUUACGAAGAUUAUGAUGAAGAUUAUGCAUAUGAUUAUGAAGAUGAUGAUGAUGAUAAUGUUCAUGUAGAGCAUUCUGAAGUAAUAGUGCAUAAGGAAGCAAACAAGUCCGGGGUUUGGUGCUGUUCUGUAUGUACCUAUGAUAACGAAGAGAGUAUGACUUAUUGUGAGAUAUGUGGUGCUCUUCGAUUUCCUCCUUCUGACAGUAGCAGCAAUAGCGGCAGUAUUGAUAAGAAAACAGUUGGUGGCACGUGCAAAGGUUCUGGAGUAUCCCAGUUGGCCAAGUCUCUUUUUGCUUCAGUGUCGUGUCGGACACCCAAAAUGGCUGUAGUCUCUCAUCCACAGAAUUUUUGUAAUUUAACUGGAGAAGGCAGUAGAUGCCAUGACAUUAAAUAUGUUCAACAACAUUAUCAUGUGUUCUCUGAUGGGCAGAGUGCACCACGUAGCUCCCGCCUCACAACUAUAGCCCCGUUCAAGUUUGAUGUUCCUUCACCAGAUGAUAUCAUCUCCUUGAAUACAGUUAAAAAAGGAUCUGCUGGUGCACCCCCAGGUUUUCCUGCGAACAAUACAGCUACAAUGACACAGUCUAGUGCGAGACAAAUUGAUAGUUACAUUGAAAUUGAAAGAAGAACCACUCCAGAAGAUCACAGUUUUGCCUCAACUUCAAAAUCUUCAAGUAACAAUGGUAUGGCUGAGGGUCCAUCUAGCUCUAUAAGAUCUGAAAAGUCCCCCGCUAGGGACCCAAAAUCUAAACACAAUAGCGUAGGUGGGAGUAUUUCUCCAGCAAAUGGAGCAGAGCCUGAGAAUCUUGCUAGUGACCUAAAUCAUAUGUCUACAGAUAGUAAACCUGGUUCCUCCAAACUUGUUAUUCCUAAGAAAACCCUUGCACAGUACAAACCUGAGAAGUGGAUGCUACCUGACAAUGAAGAUGGUGUAAUGGCUCAACUAAAUCUUGCUAUUGUUGGCCAUGUGGAUUCUGGAAAGUCAACACUGUCAGGAAGACUCUUACACCUCUUGGGCCAAAUAUCUCAAAGGCAAAUGCACAAAUUCGAAAAAGAAUCCAAACAACAGGGAAAAGGUUCCUUUGCCUAUGCUUGGGCUCUGGAUGAGAGUGCCGAAGAAAGGGAACGGGGUAUAACAAUGACUGUUGGUGUUGCUUAUUUUGACACCAAAAAGUAUCAUGUGGUUGUGCUAGACUCUCCUGGACAUAAAGAUUUUGUCCCAAAUAUGAUAUCUGGCGCAACCCAAGCAGAUGCUGCGAUUCUUGUUAUAGAUGCCUCAGUUGGUGCAUUUGAAACGGGCAUGGAUAAUACUGGUGGGCAAUCACGGGAGCAUGCGCAGCUUAUCAGAAGUUUUGGUGUUGAUCAAAUUAUUGUUGCUGUUAACAAAAUGGAUGUAGUGGGUUACUCCAAGGAACGAUUUGAAUUGAUCAAGCAUCAAGUUGGAUCAUUUCUUCGUCAGUGUGGUUUCAAGGAAUCUUUCAUCUCAUGGGUUCCUGUGAGUGCUAUGGAAAAUCAAAAUAUGGUGGCUGCAGCUUCCGAUUUACGGCUAAAUUCCUGGUACAAGGGAUCUCAUCUUUUGGAUGCAAUAGAUUCACUCUGCCCACCUAAGAGAGACUAUGAAAAACCCCUACUCAUGCCCAUUUGUGAUAUUGUCAAGACACAUUCGAUGGCUCAGAUAUCUGCAUGUGGUAAGCUGGAAGCUGGAGCCCUUCGUAAUGGAUGCAAGGUUUUAGUUAUGCCCGUAGGGGAUAUAGCAACAGUGCGCUCCAUUGAGUGCAACUCCCAACCUUGUGCCGUUGCAAGAGCUGGAGAGAAUGUUUCUGUUGUUCUACAGGGCAUUGAUGCUGCCCAUGUGAUCGCAGGGGGAGUGUUGUGUCAUCCAGAUUAUCCUGUGAGAGUUGCAUCUCAUUUGGAGUUGAAGGUUCUUGUCUUUGAUAUAAAAAUCCCUAUUUUGAUUGGUUCUCAGUUGGAGUUUCAUAUCCACCAUGCAAAGGAAGCGGCUAGAGUUUUGAAGAUAGUGUCAUUGCUUGACCCCAAAACUGGCAAGGAGAAAAAGAAAGCACCCCGCUGUCUUGUAGCAAAGCAGACUGCUAUAAUAGAGGUAGCUUUACAAGACUCAAUUUGUGUUGAGGAUUUCACCAGCUGUAAAGCUCUUGGGCGGGUUUUCCUGCGUUCAUCAGGAAGAACCAUAGCAGUAGGGGUAGUGACACAAGUGAUUGGCGAUCAGAAAUAACAGUAGUCUCUUGGUUUGUACAUUGUUAUAUCACUAAAUUCAAAUAUUAGAUUGUAGGUCUCAGAUCAUAAGCACACAUAGAUGAAAUGUGAGGGUUUUUUUGGGCAAUCAGUUACAAGGAGGCGUAAGUGUACAACAUUACAAAAUAGUUUAAGUGUUACAUACGAUUGGGAAACAUCCCCAGCUUUCUUGUGUAUUCAUCGGUUGAUGAUCCCUACUGUAAUUCACAAGUUUAAUUUAUUUUCCCUUUUUAUUAAGCUAAUUGUAAAGAAUCCCCUUCAUUUAUUGUGGAUCAGUAUCUCAAUUUUUUUCUCUCUCGA